AUGGCCGACCGGCACCCAGACUCCCAAGAAGCAGCAGCAGCAGCAGCAGCAACAGCAGCAGCAGCAGCAGCAGCAGGAUCCGGCAACGACGCGCUAUGGUUCUCGACUUCAAGUACCCUGGGGACUUCCUGGGGCCCCCAGGGGCCCUAUGAGGGCCCCCCGGCCAGCAGCUUCUCCCCCAGUCCUGCUGCUGCAGCAGCAGCAGCAGCACCGCUGCAGCCAGCAGCAGACGGGGGGGCCCCCCAGGGGGCCCCCCGGGGGGCCCCCCGGGGGGCCCCCCAAGGGCCCAACCCCUUCCAUAUCUCCCCCGAGGCCCUCGAGUUGCUGCUGGCAAUUCCUGUGCCUCCUUGGACCCUUUUGGACCUUUUAGAACAUUGUUUAUCUUUUGCAGAUUUGCUGCAGGGGGCCCCCGGGGGCCCCCCAGCUAGACCCUUCGGGGGGCCCCCCAGGGGGCCCCCUGGGGGGCCCCUUGGGGGGGCCCCCGAGGCCCUGGGGCGCAGCCGCAGGCCCCUGUACACUUCGCUCAAGCAGUGGCUUCAAUUCAACUCCACUCUUGCUGCUGCCAGCAGCAGCAGCAGCAACAGCAGCAGCAGCAGCAGCAGCAGCAGCAGCAGCAGCAGGGGAGGCAGCAGGCUGAAGCAAAGGCCCCACGUCUCUGCAGCAGAAGCAAUUGCCAUUUGGGGAGCUGCUGCAGCGCUGGCCUUUUUGCACAGCAGGCGCAGAGCGCGGCAGCAGCAGCAGCAGCAGCAACAGCAGCAGCAGCAGCAGCAGCAGCAGCAGCAGCAGCAGCAGGGUCAGAAAACAGGCCAGAGAUGUGUGUUUCCGGCGCUGCACUACCCCUCAGCAGCAGCAGCAGCAGCUGCUGCUGCUGCUGCAGGCGCCGCCGCAUGCCUGCCCUACAGUGCAGCAGGCCUUCGAACUCCACCAACCCAGCCUGCAGCAGCAGCAGCAGCAGCAGCAGCAGCAGCAGCAGCAGCAGCAGCAGCAGGGGCGUGUGGCGCAUCAUGCGGCUUGAUAGAUGCGCAGGAGGAGGUGCUGGAGGUUCGGCUGCUGUUCGUGCUGCUGCUGCUGCUGCUGCUGCGGCAGCAGCAGCAGCAGCAGCAGCAGCGGCUGCCCUACACACCAGACCACUGGUUCGCCCCUGGCAGCAACUCCCCCAGAGCCGAAGUGUGGGGCCCCCUGGCCACUGAGGAAGUUGCUGCCAGCAAACCCAGCAGCAACAGAGGCGGCCUCCUGGAUUCCUCCAAACUUCGGCAGCACCUGCUGCAGCACCUGCCGCAGCUACUGCAGCUACUUCGCUGCGAACACCAGCCUCAGCAGCACCUGCAGCAGCAGCAGCAGCAACAGCAGCAGCAGCAGCAGCAGCAGCAGCAGCAGCUAGACAACGACGACUCUGUUGCGGCGUUUGAAUUGGAGGCCCUCGAAGCCUUCUUAGACAGUGACAGCCCCGAAGGCCUUGCUGCUGCGGCUAGUGGAGACAAACAGCAGCAGCAGCAGCAGCAGCAGCAGCAGCGGCUGAACCCCUUCAGACUCUUGCCUAAAGGAUACCUUAGACGCCUGCUCGGCUUCCCAGGCCGCUGCGGCUCGAGUGCAGCUCUGAGAGACCCUUUGCAGCAGCGGGCGACGCUAGGCCCAGCUCAGAUCUUGCGGCUCUCUUCGUGCAGCAAAUCGGACAUCUUUAUAUCUCGGCCGGUGGAGGCGCUGUUUCUAGAAAACCUCUCGAGCUGCUCCGUCGUCGCUCCAGCUGUUUUGGGUCCUGUCUUUGUUCGCGGCUGCUGCGAGUUGCUGCUGCACUCGCGGGCCGCCUCAGUCUUCGUGGAAAACACCCUCGGGGCAGAGCUUUUCGUGGCUUGCUGCUUUCCCCCUCUUCUCCUCGGAGACAGCAGGGGCCUUUCCCUUGGCCCUUACAAUGUUAUUUGCAAGCCGCUGCAGCAGCAGCAGCAGCAGCAGCAGCAGCAGCUGCAGCAGGAGCUGCAGCAGCAGGAGCUGCUGCAGCAGCUGCAGCAGCUGCAGCUGCAGCAACAGCAGCAGCGGCCAGAGGAGAUGCGCGAUUCUUAUGCCCCGUAA